GCACCAUGGCCGACUCGAACGAGGAGACCAUCCAGAUGCUGACCGGCAUCUCCGGCUGCACAGAUGAUGAUGCGCGUAGAUGGCUCAAGGUCAAGAACAACGACGCAGACGCUGCUCUGAACGCAAUAUUAGACAACGAAGAUCUUGCAAAAGCCGAGNCAUACAACGAACAAAAUCUGCGCCCAUUAGGACAGAGCACAGCCCCGACCAGAGGCAACUCACCCGCUCCUUCUCUCCAUCAACCUCCCAACAGAGAUGACGAAGACGCUGAUCUACAAAGAGCCAUUGCCGCAUCACAAUCACAACCGACCGGUGUUACUCUACCCGGAAUCAGCACCAACUUCAAACCUGCAACGGACGACCAUUACGAGCCUUCCAAGUGGUCGAUGACUACCGUUGGUAUGGAAUCCCAGCAGGCUAGCGAGAUCAUACCAGAUCUGGAGCCCCAUGAGCGCAAGAAUGAAGCUGGUGAACCGAUUUUCUUGAAACAACUUCCUUCUGGCGAUUAUCUGCCCAGUUUGCUUACUAUUGCGCACUCUGUUCCCUUGGCACGUAAGGCUCUGUUGGCACCACACAAGACUUACUCUUCCUAUGGCUCGGACUCUGAGUGGUGGAAGGGCCAUGGUAUACGCCUGCCCAAGAUCGUCAGCACUGUCAGUGGUGAGCCUAUGGAGCCAGCCACCACCAAUCAGGAUGAGAUCGUCGCAGAGAUGCAGCGUUUGAUGGCUUUGCUAGACGACAGCUCGAGGUCAUAUGGCAGUGCCGAAACCCUUGUUCGCCUCGCAGAAAUCAAUGAUGGAUGUAUUCUGGACAAAGUCCUUGAGGCGUGGGAACAUGCUGCUUUAGAUGACAUGGAUGAGUCUCUAGACACCGAUAACUUCGUCUUCCACUCGCUGGUGGGCUCAACGAACCCCGAAUCCAUGACAACUACGGAUCUGUUCUCCUUGCCGCUGUCCGUCAGCCCAGCCCCUGGCGGCUCGAGUCAAGAGCUAGCCGCUAUAAUGGACGACACUCUUUGGGAUACUGACGGGGAUGAACCGACCUUGUACGACAACUACAUAGAUCAUUGCGCCCCAGUCCUACCUAUCCGCCUGACCCAAAAUGACUCUUCAAAGGGGACUUUGAAUGUCAUCAUCNCCCCUGCAUUCUACGUCGACAAGUACCUCAAGGAGAACGCCGAUCUUACAAAGGAUGUUCGUCAACAGAUGGCUCUGAGCAAGAAGAAAAUCGACAGGAUCCAGGCGGCACAAUUUAAGCUGAACAACUACCAACACGCGCAGAAAGGAAACUUGAGUACUAGCCAGUUGAUGAAGCACGCGCAAAACUACUUCUCAGGCGAAACCAGAAAGAACCUGCUCGAGGAGAGAGAAGGUGCUGGCGCAGGUGGAGACACUGACAUUCAUCUGCCACUGGAGCAUCAUAGCAUGAUCGCCGAGCAGUUAAAUGCAGUGUGUAGAGAGGUCGACUCAAAACUUCAGGGUGACANNGCCCUCGAGGAAGAAAAAGAAAAGACUCGCAAGGCACUGUCAGAGCUCUCAAAAGAGGCUGGACUGCCCGAAGAGAAUCUCAAGCACAGAUACACGCUCAGAGGCGUCUCAACCAAGCCUCACGUAACAUACCUCCUGCGUCCUCGCGACCCCUCCGACACCGCUAUGGUUGAUGACGAAGAUGCACCGGAAGGCAUGCAGUGGUGGCGUAUCGAGUACGAUGUCCAGGUGAAUGGCGCCAAGGUCAUCAAGACCAAGUCAACACAGGACGAUGUCAUCCGGGCUGUGGAGCUUGAGCACAAUCAAGCCCUACUGGUUUACGCCAGCGACUACGCCAUCUCAGAUGAACAUGAUAUCAACCUCACCUCAGCCCUUGACGAGUUCAUCCAUCACGACGACGAUAACUUCACCUCAGAGCUACACAUGAACGGCUAUGGGCACAUCAACGUGUACCCUGCUUACGAGGGCGUCCAGCAACGCCGUGGUUCGGGAGACAGUACCGCAGUCAACUACGACGAGGGUCUACCUGGUUAUGAGCCACCCCCGUACGACUCAGGAAUGGAAUACGGUCGUAUACCUAUCAACAUGCAAGGCACCAAAGAUGUAGCCAUGAACGGCGGGCACAGCCCUCCAGCCCAUGAGAUUCGACUCGAGCAGGAGGAAGUACAGCCAGAGGAGACCGACACCAAAGGAGGAAUCGAGAUGGCUGAAAAAGCACCUGCUGCUCCUUCAUUGUACAGGUCCGGAAACGACGGUUCCAAGGUCAUUGAGAUGGGCAGUGAUGAUGCAAUGACAGGUAUCAAGAGCUCAGACGGAGAAGUCGACCUGAUUGAUUUUAGGGAC